AUGGAAUUUGAUGAUAAUUUACCUCGGUUUAUUUGUUCAGAUGCUUUAAGAAUCCGAUAAAUAAUAAUAAAUUUAAUUGGAAAUGCAAUAAAAUUUACAAAACAAGGAUAGAUAUUAACACAUGUUAGUAUAUAUGAAAACAAAAAUGAAAAUGAACAUAAUAAUAUGAUUUAAAUAAAAGUAAAAGAUACAGGAAUAGGCAUAGAUUAAACUUAAUAAAGUAAUUUAUUUAAAGCAUUUUCUAAAUUAGAUGAUUAAGAAAAUUUAAAUCCUUUAGGAGUUGGUUUAGGUCUAAUGAUUUCUAAUGAAUUAGCAAAAAAAUUAAGUGAACCAUAUUUUCAAAAUACAGGUUUAUAAAUAAGUUCUUAACAAAAUUAAGGAACUGAAUUUAAAUUUUUAAUUAUGAAUCAUAGUUAAACAUUUAAUAUAAAUGAAAGCUAGAAUCGAAAAAAUACUCAAUUCCAAUAAUUAGAUAUUAUAAACGAAGAAAUUAUUAAAAAUACGAAUUGCUAAUGUAAAAAAAUAUUAAUUGUUGAUGAUACUAAAUUUAAUAUAAUUGCGCUUUAAAGUUAUCUUCAAAUGAUUUUUAAUAUAAGUUCUGAGGCUGCAGACAGUUAUGAAUAAUGUUUUGAAAAGUUAUAAAAUAAUUUUUGUAAUUUAUAAAAUUGCGUUGGAUUUAAAAUUAUUUUUAUGGAUAUUUGCAUGCCUGAAGUUGAUGGAAUAGAAAUAACUAAAAGAAUUAGAAAAAAUUCGAAAUAUUAAAAUAUAAUUAUUGUAGGUUGUUCAGGAUAUUCUCCAGAAUCUUAAGAAUAUUAAAAUUGUUAAGAGGCUGGUAUGAAUGAUUAUCUAUAUAAACCAAUUGAUAAAUAAUAAUUAAAAUAUUUAAUUUAAAAAUAUUAUUGA